AUGGGUCGCGGCAAGAGGAGAAACGCUAACAAGCAGGGUCGCCACAGCGGUCCCCGGUCCGAGAGCUGGAAGUCCUACGCCCAGGUCGAGAAGAAGCACGAGAAGCUGCAGGCCUACUACGAUGGCCUGCUCCAGCUGCCCGAGGAGGAGAGGGAACAGUUCUGGGACGCCCUGAAGAGGGAACUGCCCAACAGCUUCCGCUUUGCCGGCUCCAAGGGCCCCUUUGCCACAUUUGACAGCAUCAACCUCAACGGCACCCGCCUGCUGAACCUCCAGUCCCUCGCCGACCUGCACGCGGACGUCGCCGCCGCGGCCGUCCCCCAGUACGCCUUUGUCGUCCCCAACCUCGCAAACGCGGGCCGCACCACGUCCCUCGCCCACGCCACGUCCUGGGCCUCGUCCCUCAUCGCGUCGCUCCUCGCCCCGGGCGUCCUCCCGGGCCGCAGCCUGAUCCUGCUGACCUACGACGAGGCCGCCGACGCCCGGCGCCCGAACCGCGUGACGGGCCUCCUCCUCGGCACCGCCCUGCCGCGCGCCGUCCGCGGCACCACCGACGACACCUUGUACACGCACUACGCCCAGCUCGCCUCGCUGCAGUUCAACUGGGCCACGCCGCACCUCGGCCGCUACGACGCCGGCGCCAACGUCUUCCAGUUCCUCCAGGACCUCGCCUCCCGCGUCCUCGUGCCCAACCGCGACCCGCCCAACCGCGCCGCCGUCAACAACUCGGCCUCGUACCCGGGCGCCUUCGCCGCCGACGCCGCCCGCGCCCGCGACAUACCGCCGCCGAACCUCCGCCUCGCCGGCGCCGGCGACCAGGGCGUGCUCGACCACGUGAGGAGCAUGUGGUGGCUGAGCGCGGCAGACGACACUCCCUACGACGGCAGCGGCAUGCUGCACGAUGCCGUCACGGAGCCCGUCUACCGGCCGCAGGCUGUGCCGGAGCCUGGGGUGGAGGAAGGUGAUGAGCAGAGGUAG